AUGUCGUAUCCAGAUCUCAAGGGGAACACCUACAUCGUCACCGGGGCGGCGUCAGGCUUAGGACGGUGCACGUCCACGCUCCUGACACAACAAGGAGCCAAUGUCGCUCUCAUCGACCUCCACAAGCCUCAGCAUGUCUUGGAAGAAGUGGAAAAGCUCGGUGGAAGAGGCCUCGCCUUCUCGUGUGACGUCCAGGACCCAGACGCCCUCGAAGCAGUCAUGAAGGAAGUCGUGCAGCACUUUGGGAGCAUUCACGGAGCGGCAAACAUGGCGGGAAUUCUGGGCACCCAAGGCAUCAAGGGGACAGAUUACGCCGUUGACCGGGUGCCGGACGGUGAAUGGGAUAAGAUCUUGGGCGUCAAUUUGAACGGCGUCAAGAAUUCCAUGCGCGCCGAGCUGCGUCACAUGAAGGAUGGCGGGGCCUUGGUCAAUGCUGGGAGCGUUGCAGGACAGCUGGGGCUGCCAUAUAUGGCUCCCUACUGCGCCAGCAAGUGGGCGGUCUUGGGCCUGACAAAAGUCGCGGCCCAGGAGUCAGGAAGCCGUGGCAUCCGCAUCAAUGCUGUAGCUCCAGGCGUCAUCCGAACGCCGAUGACCCAAGCCGGGGCCACCGAUGAGGAGCUAUACGAUAGACUGGGCUCCAGGACUGCUCUGAAGCGACUAGGCGAGCCUGAAGAGAUUGCGAGGGUCAUCACCUUUCUGCUGAGCAAGGAGGCCAGCUACAUAACCGGAGCGGUCAUCAAUAUCGACGGAGGGUUUUUCUAG